AUGGCAGCAAAACCGCAGUGGUCCUCAACAUCAAGAGACGUGGAACGUCACAUUUCAAGGAAGGAGGCAACAUGUUCGAGUACGGCAAGGGUGAAGGGCCCACGCAAGCCAUUGCGAGAGAAGUCGCGUGUCAGCAGGGCAUGUUCAAACUGGACAGAGAGAUACAGGCUAUGCGUGGACGUGCUUGAUCUGAGUGGAGGAGCUCCAACCUCAUCCCAUAUGGUUUCAUCUCAACCCAAUCCUUAUCUUUCUACGGAUGCCGUUUUUUUCCAUCCAUUCAUACCCAUCUCGGUUCAUGUCCCUCCAAGCCCUUCUCGUAGCGACGAAACCGCGGAUGGGGGUUCAUUGCUGGUUUUUCUUGACCAACUCGUACUGGAACCCGAAACCGCUCUCGAGAAAAUCACCAAAGGCUCAGGAAUACGGAGAAAUGGGUCCAGGACCACCAAAGGAAUAUUCGAGGAGUGGCUAGCCGCAGUCAGUGGAUUCUCGUCAUCGGACUUGGAGGUGUCCUCCCAUUGCUACGAUCUCUCCUGUGAAUACAAGACCGCAGUAGCCACGUCUCUGGCCACCGAGGUCCUACACACGGAUCAACGCUCUUUAACCCUACCCCACAGGCUCCAUGGUAUAAAAGGCUCGGGGCGAUCUCCUGUCCAGUCUUUCGACAUCAACACCCUCUCUCCAAACUACUUUAUAUUUUCUGGCUAUCUAUCAGCUAUUUACUCUUCUUCAUUCACCGCGACGCCUUCUUCAACUAUGGGACCAACCACUUCUGCAUCCAACUCACGGCAUCCAGUGAACGAGAUUAGGUAUGGUACGGGACGUUCCCUCACCAAGAGCGACGCCAAAGAGCUUGCGGCCAAGGAAACUCUCGAGAUCAUCUACCGGCAGAACGCGCCCACCACGUACAGCACCGAGUCAUACAAGUGGCCUAUAGAAGGAGGCGGCGAUCAUCAUUAUAGCUAUGGUUAUCCUAUUGCAGCCUCUACUUCUGCCUACGCUCCUGUCACCCACCCAUACAUUGCCACUCCUGGCACUCCUGCAGCUGGUCUACAGCCUCUCCCAACCACAUCUGCGUCACCUUCACACUAUGCAUAUCCAUCUCAGUACCCAGCAUAUCAGUAUCAGCCCUACUACCAUACUCAGCACGCGCCACAGCAGCAAACCUAUUACGUCUACUCGUCAUCCGACCCCUACUACCGACACUAA